AUGAGUGAUAGCGAGAACGAAGUUCUGGCUAACUAUAAAAGAAAAGGAGUAAAAGCAUCAUCUCAAGAAGCUACCAACAUGCCAGCUAGGCCAGCUGCAAAUGCUGUAGCCACUCAGGCAGAUCUUGCUGGGGUAUGUCAGGGAGGUGCUGAUUACUUGGCUGCGGAGCCUUGGAUUCGGGAGAUAGAGGAAAUGUAUGAUGCCCUACAAUUUCCCGAGGAGGUCAAGGUCAAAUUGGCGGUUCCUAUGCUCAGAGGAAACGCCAAGUUCUGGUGGAUAGCUAUGAAGGCUGCUGUUCAAGGAAAUGGUGAACAACUGACAUGGGAGGAAUUCAAAGAUAAAUUUUACAAUCAGUACUUCCCUCAGUCAAUGAGAUUGGUGAAGCAAAAUGAAUUUUUGGCCCUGAAACAGACCGAGAAUAUGACAGUAUUGGAAUAUGCCAGCAAGUUCAAUGAAUUGGGCAGGUUUUGUCCUCAGUUUAUGGAGGAAGAGAUAAGUAAAGCUAAUAGGUUUGAACAGGGUCUGAGAUAUGGGAUCAGGUCUAGAUUGGCCGUUCUGAUUUUCACAAGUUACCAGGAUGUAUUGGAAAGGGCUCUAAAAUUGGAAGCCGAAUUGAAGAGAUCAGAAAAAGAAAGGGAUGACCAGAAGAGACCCAAGAUGAUAGAAAGUCUAAGUGACAGGCCACGGAACCCUGAAAGUAAUACAAAUAAGAAGAAGAGGUUUGAGGCCUGUACCUACUGUGGCAAGACUCAUGGGGGGCCUUGUUUUAAGAAGAUGGGAGUCUGCUUCAUUUGUGGUCAACAUGGACAUUUCGCACGGGACUGUCCAAAUAAAAAGAAGAAUGAUUCGGAAUCUACUAAAUCGGAAGCUCAGUUUUUGCAUUGA